CCUGUACCGAUUCCAAGGUUAUUAGCACUUCCAAUUAACAUUUCCACUUACUAUCUUCAACUUUACCACCGCACCACCGCACCACCACUAUUCUUGACGAGUUCAGUGUCACUCCUUCUGGGAUGCAUAAUUGCGUUGGCUUCCUCAAACCACCCCUUUAACGUCAAGACGGUCCGCGUAAUUGUUCAAUCCUAUUCCAUACCUCGUAUCUCGACUCUGGGCUUCGACCGAACAUCGAACUCUUUAAUACCACCACUAAACUAAACUUCCUCUAACCGUCCUUGUUUCUGUCGGUCCACCUACCUACUUACAACCUAAUAGAACCGAGUUAUUCCUCGCGGUCGGGAGCCGCAACAAUUGCCCAGCAUGGCGACCUUCCUUGAAAAUGCCUAUAGCUUGGUCCACCAGGACAAUACCGCAGAUGUUCCCACUAUGUCAGAUCUACGCAUGCAGUUAGAGAAGGGCACAGAUGAGACAAAAGUUGAUACCAUGAAGCGCAUCUUGACCGUCAUGUUGAACGGCGAUCCCAUGCCCCAGCUUCUUAUGCACAUCAUCCGAUUCGUCAUGCCCUCCAAAUAUAAGCCCUUGAAGAAGCUGUUAUACUUCUACUAUGAGAUCUGUCCCAAACUUGACUCGACCGGCAAGCUAAAGCAGGAGAUGAUUCUUGUUUGUAACGGUAUUAGAAAUGAUCUUCAACACCCAAACGAAUACAUUCGAGGAAAUACGUUGCGCUUCCUAUGCAAGCUACGAGAACCCGAGUUGAUCGAGCCGCUACUUUCCUCGGCUCGAGCUUGCCUUGAACAUCGUCAUGCCUACGUUCGAAAGAAUGCUGUUUUCGCCAUCUCUUCCAUCUUCCAACACUCACCAUCUCUUAUCCCGGACGCCUCCGACCUGAUCGCCGCCUUCCUCGAGGGAGAGAGUGAUGCUACUUGCAAGCGCAAUGCUUUCGCUGCGCUCGCUAGCAUUGAUCAUGAUAAGGCUCUAGUAUUCUUAAGCUCUGUCUUCGAGGGAAUUCCGAACGCCGAGGAAUUGCUACAGUUGGUAGAGCUUGAGUUCAUUCGAAAAGACGCCGUCCAGAACUCGCAACAUAAGGCUCGAUACUUGAGACUCAUCUUCGAUCUUCUUGAGGCCGGAGCUUCAACUGUCGUAUACGAAGCCGCCUCGUCGCUGACCGCCCUCACGAGCAACCCAGUUGCCGUCAAAGCGGCUGCGGCCAAGUUCAUCGAGCUAAGCAUCAAAGAAGCCGACAACAAUGUGAAGCUUAUCGUUCUAGACCGGGUAGACCAGUUACGACAGAAGAAUGAGGGCGUGCUGGACGAUCUCGUCAUGGAGAUUCUACGUGCGCUAACUAGUCCCGAUAUCGAUGUACGACGGAAGGCACUCACUAUCGCGCUGGAGAUGGUAUCGAGCAAGAACGUCGAAGAAGUCAUCCUACUACUUAAGAAGGAACUUUCCAAGACUGUUGACCAGGAAUACGAGAAGAAUGCCGAAUACCGCCAAUUGCUCAUCCACUCCAUUCACCAGUGCGCCAUUAAAUUCUCCGAGGUUGCAGCAAGCGUCGUGGACUUGUUGAUGGACUUCAUUGCUGAUUUCAGCAACUCGUCUGCUGUCGACGUUAUUUCCUUCGUCAAGGAAGUUGUUGAGAAGUUCCCUAAGCUACGCCCAUCAAUUGUUGCUCGAUUGGUCGAGACUCUUAGCGAGGUUAGAGCAGGAAAAGUUUACCGUGGGAUUAUUUGGAUAAUUGGCGAGUACUCGCUCGAAGAAAAGGAUAUCCGAGAUGCGUGGAAGAGGAUACGCGCAAGCUUGGGUGAGAUUCCCAUUCUUGCCUCCGAGCAGCGAUUAUUGGACAACGUAGACGGCGACGAAGAGAAAGAAAAAGAGCAAGUCAAUGGUCACUCGAAGCCUGCAGCGCCAUCAGGCUCAAGACGAGUUCUCGCCGACGGUACAUACGCUACCGAAACGGCGCUCACUAGCAGCUCGGCAGCCGCCGCAAAAUUAGAAGCUGUUAAAGCCGCCCAAAAACCCCCACUACGACAACUAAUCUUAGAGGGUGACUACUACUUGGCCGCUGUCCUCUCAGCAACCCUCACAAAGCUGGUCAUGCGCCACUCCGAGAUCUCAUCGGAUCGUGCUCGAACAAACGCCCUCAGAGCUGAAGCUAUGUUAAUCAUGAUAUCUAUUAUCCGUGUCGGCCAGUCGCAAUUCGUCAAGGCGCCUAUCGACGAGGAUUCCGUCGACAGAAUAAUGUCCUGUGUUCGAUCCUUAGCCGAAUUCUCUCAAAGGAAGGAGCUAGAGACUGUCUUCCUCGACGAUACACGAAAGGCUUUCCGAGCUAUGGUUGAGGUUGAAGAGAAGAAGCGAGCAGCAAAGACGGCCUUUGAAAAGGCCAAGACUGCCAUACAGGUCGACGAUGUCGUACAAAUCAGACAGCUCUCUAAAAAGAAUUCGGGAGAUGGUACCGAUGAGAUCGAACUGGAUCUUGAGAAGGCAACCGGUGGCGAGUCUGUGGCCGAGGAUCUUUCAUCGAAACUAAGCCGCGUCGUUCAGCUCACUGGCUUCUCCGACCCCGUUUACGCCGAGGCGUAUGUUAAGGUACACCAAUUUGAUAUCGUUCUAGAUGUCCUGUUGGUCAACCAAACUACCGAGACACUUCAAAAUCUCUCUGUUGAAUUUGCUACACUGGGAGACCUCAAGGUUGUAGAGCGACCUACAACGCAAAAUCUUGCUCCUCACGACUUCCACAAUGUACAAUGUACUAUCAAGGUGUCAUCUACGGAUACCGGUGUCAUUUUUGGCAACGUUGUGUAUGAUGGAGCUCACAGCACCGACACUAACGUUGUCAUUCUUAACGACUUACAUGUCGAUAUUAUGGAUUACAUCCAACCAGCGACGUGUACGGAGACGCAAUUCCGCACAAUGUGGACUGAGUUCGAAUGGGAGAAUAAGGUUAACAUCAAUAGUAAGGCCAAGAGCCUUCGGGACUUCUUGGAACAGUUGAUGGCCUGCACGAAUAUGAACUGCUUAACACCGGAAGCUAGUAUGAAGGGUGAUUGCCAGUUCUUGAGUGCUAACCUAUACGCCAGAAGUGUCUUCGGUGAGGAUGCGCUAGCAAACUUGAGCAUAGAAAAGGAGGGCGAUGAUGGACCAAUCACUGGAUUCGUCCGCAUAAGAAGCAGGUCGCAAGGAUUGGCCCUGAGCCUAGGCUCCCUCAAGGGUUUGAACAAGAUCGGCACUGCAGCUGCUUGAUUUAUGUACAAAGACAAGUUUAGAAGCAGAUAAUCUUUUUGCACUCCGGCGGUCGUUAAGAUCUUUGACCUUAAGAGAAAAAAACACAAGUUGGUAUGCAUUUGCAACACUGCCAAAUGAGCGUGUGCUUGAGGGAAGCCAACAGGCCAGUUGUAGUGAUAUCCAAGACGAUGAUGAUGUUCCGGAUGUGGUGCUCGGGUCGAGAUAGCAUGGAUCAAAAACGUGGUGCUGGAGUACCUCGAUGUGGAUUAGACAAUGCAAAUUAUUUUACGACGAUCAAGAAGAUGUAUGUUUUGCUUCACCGUGAUACCGCUCCAUUUCUACUAUGAGCGAGAAAAUGGUGC